AUGUCAAGACUAGUGUAUGUAUCUCUUUAUGUUUACAUUAAUGGUAAUAUAGUGUGUGCUGAUAGAAAUGAGAUACAUGCAGCAGCAACAACAAACUAUGGCUCUCUAUUAUUUAAUAGAACCACAGAGUAUAAUAGUACGAAAUACAAUCUCCAAAUGUUGAUGUGGUUUGUAAAAGUUAACUUUUAUGUAACAUUUGUUGAACCUAUUAUUACACUUUGUUGUGUUGUUGUUGCUAUCAGUCUAUAUGCAGUGUGGUGUGUGUUUUUAUUUUUACUCGUUGUUCUAUGUAAUAGUAAUAAUAACAGUAUUGUUGUUAUGAAUGUUAGACAAAUUACAAAUAUUUAUAGUAAAAUAAAUAAAUUAUUGAUCGGUAUUUAUUUACCAAUUAUAGCGUUAUUACAAACAUAA